AUGAGCACGCUCUUCCGGACAACUCCCGAUAUGGGCGCACCGAACAGCUGGCCUCGCCCAAUACAUGCCAUAUGGCAGCUCGGUGUCGCCGUAUUGGUGCUAUCGACUCUGCCGUUCAACGUUACCCGCUACUACAUUACGCGCACCGGAUACACAACUCUGUGGCGAUAUCUCUUCUUCCGCGGCGUGCGCACCAUGUCGCUAUUGAACCCAUUCCUGCCUCCUGCAGACACGGUAAAGGGGGCUUCGGCGAUCCCAAGGCAUAUCAUUGGUAUUACCAAGGAGAUGCGCAGCACCAUCAACAUUGACGUCGUGCACGUUCCGCCGCUUCCACUGGCGGACCAGAGGGGUUUCGCGACCAUCCCACCUGGCGCUCCUGUUGAGGCAAUCGACCGUCCCCUCUACAUCUUUUCCUCCAAGAACGCUUUCGCUAGGGGUCAGGAGCCAGCGUGUGAGGGAGAAAAAGCUAUUAUCUACUUUCAUGCCGGCGGCUACAAUGAGGGUCACCCCACUGCGUUGCCUCUCGGCGCCAAGGUCGCCAUUAGGACGAGACUGCGUGUGUUCACACCCAACUAUCGCAAGACCCUCAGUACCGAUACCGCAUACCCAGCUCCACUUCUCGACAUUAUGGCCGCAUACAAGUACCUUGGUGAUCUCGGCUUUUCACCCAAAGACAUUAUUGUGAUGGGGGAUUCCGUUGGUGGUCACUUGACGAUGGCCCUGGUGACCCAACUUCACGAACUGGGACAGCCCAUGCCUGGCGCCCUGGCCAUGUCUUCACCCUGGGUAGACUUGACUUUUUCGUAUCCCUCGUGGUCAAGCCCGCACGACAUUGUCUUCAAACACAAGCUCAAACGUGCCAUUCGUUCAGCCAUGCGGUACUACACACCAGAGGCAGCACUACACCCCUUCUUCUCUCCACCACUUGCGCCACGCGGCACGUGGACGUUUCUCAAGGACACACCCGUGUACGCUUCCUAUGGCGAACUCGAGUCAUUUGCAGAUGAGGGAAAAGCACUCCUCAGGGGUCUCCAAGACGAUGGCGUCAGCGUUGACAUCCAGGUUGACGAAGGGGGAAUCCAUAUUGAGCCCAGUCUGGCUUGGCACGGGCCUGAGGCUGAGUCUCGGUUCUUGGCCGGCCUCAACGCGCUUGUUGCGGGGAUGGACAAGAGUAGUGGACCUUGA